AUGGCCAGAAGAACCAGAUCCGCGGCCACAGCCGUGCUGGUCCUCCUGGUCUGCGCGACGGCGGUCUCGGCGCCGGCGGCCGCUGCCGCCGCCGGGGCGGGCAAGGGCAAGGGCAAGGGCAAGGUCGGAUCGGGCCGCGCGGGGCGGCCGCCACCGUGCCAGGAUCAGGCGACGCGGGGCGAUUGCGCGGCGAGAGCUGGGUGCCGGUGGUGCCGCAGCGAGGCGCUCGACGACAUGUGCUUCGGGGCCACCGAGGCGUGGCGCCUCCCACGCCAGGUCUUCUCCUGCGACCCGCCCUCCGGCGCCGCGCGCGCUCUCUUGAAGUGA